CCUGAUAGCAGCACGCCCAGCAAAUCGGGUGAGAGGAAACCAAUUGGAGAGUCCUGAAUAGUGAGAUUUGGCUAACAUCCUCGUCCCAUUUCUGGGAGGCGUGGAGGACACCUAAUCUUAACAUGGUCCUCUUCAAAAAGUACAAAACCCUUGCCCCCCAAGGAGUCAAAUUUCUCAGGCAGCUUUUUAUUCCUCUGCAAGUAAUCUACCUAGAAUAAAUAAGAAAUGUAGCUUUCAUCUUCUUUUUGUUCCUAUCUGCCUACCCUAGCUUGCAGGAGAUCAAGCAUAUUAGAAACUAAGAGCUUUUUGAAAGCGAGCAACAUGGCAAAGCAUCAUCCAGAUUUGAUUAUGUGUCGGAAGCAGCCAGGAAUUGCCAUUGGAAGACUUUGUGAGAAAGAUGAUGGGAAAUGUGUCAUCUGCGACUCCCUGGUGCAUCCUUGCACACUUGUGCGAAUUUGUGAUGAGUGCAAUUAUGGAUCCUUCCAAGGUCGAUGUGUUAUCUGUGGAGGAGUGGGAAUUUCUGAUGCUUACUAUUGCAAAGAGUGCACACAGCUGGAGAAAGAUAGGGAUGGAUGUCCAAAAAUCGUUAAUUUAGGGAGUUCGAAGACAGAUCUGUUUUAUGAACGUAAGAAAUAUGGUUUUAAAAAAAGAUGAUAAGCAGCGAGUUACAUCUCUAGUGGUUUUUCUCUGCCAUUGUUAACCUGAAUUUCCCGAGACACAAACAAAAUUGAUGGACAAUGUUGUAGUUCUUGAAUUGUAUUACUGAUUGUUACUGCCAGUCAUUGCGAAACGCUAUUGAUUAUGUUGCCUUUUAUCCAAUUGACUUGGAUCGUACUAUAGAGAUGCCUAGUAUUAAUUUUUUCUCC